AUGUUUAAGCUGUCCAAAGGAGCCGUGUCAUUAGCCCUCCAGAAUCAUGGAAUGGCUCAUGGGGUAAGGUGUACUCAACCGGGUUAAAUUUGUUUGCUUAAAAUUUUCUCCCACUCUUUUUUUUCCGCGGUCAUAUUGGGUGCGGCUUGCAAGAUAAUUAUGGAACAAGGAAGCUAAAGUAGUACGUGUUUACUUGAUACUUUUUCAACAGACAGGAAAUAGAAUGGAUUAAAUACCGGCGCGAAGUCCGUUUGAAUUUGACCUUUUGAAGGCGAUUGCGCGUGUAUGUCUGAGCUAGUUCAUUUCAAAUUGCGAAAUUAGAAUGCAACUGAAAUAUCCUGAACACAGCUGAUGUGUUUACGUGAAUAAUAUGUUUACUUUUUUUAAGAAAAGGGGCUAUUUAACCAGCGACAAGUGACGAUACAAAGCUUAAGCGUUAUAUACUUUUUUCUAGUUAUACGUUUGUAUAAGAACAGCUAACGGGGAAUCAAUCUGAUCAAUCAGCGAAUUUCGAUUCAAUCAACGUCAUCAAUAAAUUUUGUUGCUAAUCAGUGCAUUGUCUGUUAUUCAAGUCUAAUGUAUAGCAAGGCUUACGGAGAAAGCCGUCACUUCGUGAGUGACUACCCACUUUAAAUUUUGCAAGGUUUAGCUCUCUGAAUUAAAAAAAAAAACAAAACAGCGGACUAUUCGUUUACACAUGUCGUCCAUGGAGUGUGAGAUUGAGAACAAUAACAAAUUUCACCUCCAAAAAUAAAUCUCUGUUUUUAUGCAGACUAUUUCCAUUGUUUCCAACAAUAAGUAUGGCUGCUAUGUUGUCUGUUUAUUUAUUCACUCAUAGAUAAUUUUGUUUUUUUCGGGGGAGGAGAGGGCAGUUUCUUCAUAAUUGAUAUUUUUAGGACGGAUUAAUAUAACAGACAGUGAGGUUGCUGAGCAAUGCCAGUGACUCUAACAACAAUGUCUGAAGAUCUCAGAAAUUUGAUUUUAAUGCCAAAGAAAAUGAUCAUUUUACAUUGGACAUGUUUACUACAGCAUUGAGCGCAGGGUUUGGAUUGAAGGCUGUUCAGCAGCUAAGAAGGUUGAUAUGAAAGUAUUCAGGAAUCAUGACCACAAUACCCAGGGAGAAACCCAGUCCAUGAACCUUGGGUCGAUGAACAGCGCUAGAUAUAUACCUCGACGCUUUGCGUCUCAGUAUAUAAUAUCCACAACCACUGAGUGUAUUCACCUCCCUUUCGUGGGAUAGUUGUGUACUAUACCUACCUUGCAGUACAGGUACAUGUGUAUGAGACCACUUGACAUGGUACCGUGCACUUGAGGCCCUUUACCCGUGAUCUGCUUGGGGAGGGUCACCAAGCCUUGUUGGUAUAUUCUUCAUCCAAUAUUUUGUCCACAUAUGAAAUAUGUGUUUUUUCAGCAUAAAAGCUUACAUUAUGAUAUUGUAUUACAUUGUACAUUGCCUUGUACACCUUUAAUGCAUGAUAAUGCUGUUUUUAUAGCAACACCCUUAAAUUUAUCUGUGCAAACUAUUAGAUAAGCUAAUGCAAGAGAUCUCUAUUUUCAUAUGGAUAAAGAAAACUGAGUAUUAACCAUGAGUAGAGGUUUCUCUCUUUCCAGGCUUUUAAUGUUUAUGAAGUCAUUUGUUGCAUAUCAGUUUUAUGCAACUGGCAUGUGACGCAAACAACUUUGUAAAUGCUAAAAGCCAUUCAAGAGAGAAACCUCUGCUCUUAAUGCACACUGAGUGUAUUUCUUUUAAGCAGGAACCAGUAUCUGUAAAACAGGGUUCCAGGCAGUAUGAUCUUUCAUGGCAACUUUAUGAAUGUCCUCUAUAUCUGUAAUGUAAACUUGUUCCUUUUGCUGUUUAUAGGAAGGGGAAGAAAAAGCCUGUUGAACCAGAAGUUAAAGAAGACAAACCAUAUUUAGAGGAACGCUAUGUAAAUAGUUUCAUAAGGGAAAUGUCAGAAAUCCGAGAACUUGUGCCCCUUCCUCCAAGCAUUGAUCUGAAUGAGUGGAUUGCAACAAACAGUAAGUGAUUAACCCUUUAAACCUUAAGAUCAAAAUUUGAAUUCUCAAUUGUCAGGGGCACCCAACGACAAUUUUCAGAAAAAUAUCUGUUCUGAAGAUGGUUUGAGAUCUAGAGUUUUCGGAACAUUUUUUGUAAAAUUUCUUGCUUCCUGCCUCUCCUAGGAUUUUUGAACAUCUAAAAUAUGGUAUAAUUGCCCAUUUAUAACAGAUUUUAACCCUUAAAAGGUCACCUAGAAUUUUCGUAAGCCUUUUUUCUUGCUGAAAUUUUCGAAAAGGUAAGUUUUGAUCCCUAUAAUUUUCAGAUCACUAGACUUUCAGCUAGGAAAUCCGAACAGAUGAAAAAUUUUUAGGGGAUAAAAAUAUGCCUGUAUAUACCGUUCAAAUACUAAAAUACCUUUAACAAUGCUAUGUUUAAGUGGUUUUCAACUAUAUUCUCGUUGGGUGCCCCUGAAUUGUUGCCCCUACUCAUUUCCUACAGAAGUAUUGGGGAGAAGUUGAUAAAAUAUCGAGCAGUUUCAUCUUGUGUGAUCAUGUUCGUAAUUCUCAUGACCACUCUGUUUUACAAAGCAUUGAUGUUACAAGGAGAAAUUUGAUGCUGAUCACUCUUAGGGCUUAAAGGGUUAAAUAAUGGGCUACAAUUUUUGCUGAUGUUUGCAUGGUUCAGCAAGGUGAUAGCUUGCUUGGUAUGGGGUUUAUAAUAUUACAUAUAAAUGUUAGGCUAACUGCAAACUGAAGCAACAACUCCCAACAUUGUUGGGUCAGCAAUGUUUGGAAUUGUUGUGUCCAUGCUGGCAGUGGUAUGCAAAGUGAUGCAACAACUCCCAACAUUGUUGGGUCAGUAAUGUUUGGAAUUAUUGUGUCCAUGCUGGCAGUGGUGUGCAAAGGGAUGCAACAACUCCCAACAUUGUUCAGUCAGCAAUGUUUGGAAUUGUUGUAUCCAUGCUGGCAGUAGUGUGCAAAGGGAUGCAACAACUCCCAACAUUGUUGGGUCAGCAAUGUUUGGAAUUGUUGUGUCCAUGCUGGCAGUAGUGUGCAAAGAGAUGCAACAACUCCCAACAGUAUUUGGAUCUGCAGUGCAUCGUGGAAAGGAUUAUUACAACCCAUAAGACUAUUAUUAGUAAGUAAAAAGAAAUGUUGGGGGUUGUUGGUUCAAACGUUUGACAGGUUUCAAACUUUGCGAAACAACUCUUAACAACACACAACAACAUACAACUGGGAGUUGUUCACCAACAAUGUUGUAUCCGUUUGUAUGUGGCUUUAUUUUUAGUCACAUAAUGUGAGCGCCUUGACCACCUAGUUAAUCCACUGUAUAUUAGAGGGCCAGUGAAGGUAUGCCGUGGCCAAGCAGCUAAAAUCUCAAACUUGUAUAGCACUGACAAUCUGGGUUCAGGCCUUGUUAUCUUGCUGUUUCCUCUGCCAAAAAAAAUUUGCUCCACCGUGGAAGUUGCUACACGAUAAAAGAGUUCAAUCCCCACAGGAUUUUCUUGGUGCACCAUUAUGGCCACUGUCACAGUGUUAUCAUUUGAUGUGAAAAUGAUCUAUGAAUGGAUCAAGGGACAUACUCUGGGGGAUAACCCUGUGUGAUGAACUUGCAUUUGUUGAAAAAGCCAGUAUAAAAUAAUUAUCGCUGCAAAUUGUGAAAUAAUAAUUUAAAAUGACCAUUAAUAUGUUGAAUAAUGAUAUUUGAUUACAGCUUUGGCCUUUUUCAACCAAGUUGACUUGUUAUAUGGAAGUGUUAGUGAGAGAUGCACUUCAACAUCCUGUCCAACUAUGUCAGCCCCAGGAGCUGUGUAAGUCAACAUUUCAUUUCUCCUGAUACUAUUCACACUUAUAGCAAGCUUAACAGGGCAUCAAAUUGCACCUAAUGUAGUGUACAGGCACUAGCGCACCAAAAUUUCCCAUUUUGGCAGUCAAAUCCUGAAAAUUAGUUUCCAAAUUGACUACUAGAAUUCUUCAUUGCACCUUGUUUGAAGAGAUUACAAGUAUUUGAAAAUGGUUAAAUGUGUAAAAUGGUCAUCCAAAUAUCCCUGUUUUAAAGUGAAAGAGGUUGCAAAUCCAAGGAUCGAUUUAGCUGACAUUUAGACAGAAAUUGUGCUCUCAAAACACUAGAAAAAGCAUAAAGAGCAUAAAGAGUUCAAAAUUUUCUGGGGUAGCAUGCCCCCUGCCCCUUGUAUGGGCUCGCACCCUCAGUGCUCUCAGCAUUUGUCGGUGAUUGAAAAAUGUCUUGAUUUUACAUACUGGUUGGACAGUCUGUGUGAGGUUCUAAGGUUUUUGCUUGGAAAAGGUUCCAAUGGAAUUUUCAUUGAAAUAUUUUUUUUCAGAGUUUAUUUGUGGCAUGAUGACAAAGGCAAAAAGAUUACAAAGACAAAUGUUUCAGCACCUCAGUAUAUUGACUACGUUAUGUCAUGUUCUCACAAUUAUCUGCAUGAUGAUGCAGUGUUUCCUACAAAAUAUGGUGAGUUUAAAGGAAAAGGUGGUGGUGAGUUUAAGAAGACAUGUAGAGAGCAUAUAAUAGUAAAAACCUAGUGCAACAACAACAUCAGAAAAACAAACAGGUUUAUAAAUGUUACUGAGCAAAACCACACUUCUGCAUGUUUGUCACACUUUAAUUAGUUACAUUUCUUUUUUGUCACUGAAUGCAUGACUGUGAUGUGAAAUUAAUCUACCCUUACCCUUGUAUGGCUAAAAUAACUUUCAUUCUUAGCACAAGAGCAGCAUGUCUUUCUUGCACUGACUUCAGGGGGUUAAAUAAAGAUUAAUAUACUUUGCACACUAAAGCAACUUUAACCUAUGUGAUUUAAUUUUUCUGUUUAUAAUCUACAUUUCAUUAAUUUUGUUUCAAGGUAGAAAUUAACUUUAAUUAGGUUUCUUUUAGAUGGCACAUUGUAGUCAAGUGCACUCUGGCUAUAGGUGUACAUGUUGUACAUUAUAUGCAUGUGUACCAGUGUAUUCUAAAUCUUUAAAUUAUCUUAAUAUGUUAAUGAAAUUCUUAUGCAAAUGCAAUGUUAUCCCUUGUACCAUAAGAAGGAAGCAUUAUAUGUGGAAAAAUUUACAGAGAAAGCCUCUGUGGCAAGUUUUAAAAUAACCAAUUAAUUAUAUUUUGUUUAUUUUCCCCUGUAGGAAUGACAUUUCCACCAACUUUUAUGACAACAGUGCGCAAGAUUUUCAAACUUCUCUUUCAUGUGCUGGCUCACAUUUACUAUGCUCAUUUCAGUGAUCUGUUAAAUCAUGAACUGCAUUCUCACAUUAACACUGUGUUAAUGAACUUCAUUUUAUAUCAGCAAGAAUUUCACUUGCUUGACCCCAAGGAAACAGCACCAUUAGAUGACUUACUUCAAGCAAUGGGCCUGAUUAGUCAGAGUUAG